AUGAGUACAUCAUCGGCAUCACCAGCAAAACCAGCUGCGGCAGCGCAACACUUUGUCUUUGGUCUUGGAUCGGGAGUGGCAUCUGCUGUUUUGCUGCAGCCGCUGGACCUCCUAAAGACACGAACACAGCAAUCCGGGCGUCCCUCGCUGCUCAUUGGCAUUUGGCGAGAGCUCACACAGUCACCACAGCCGAUUCGAGCCCUUUGGAGAGGGACACUGCCUUCCUCUCUUCGCACGGGGUUUGGGUCAGCUUUGUACUUUACAUCACUCAAUUCCCUUCGCCAGUUCCUUCAAAAGUCCAAUGCCUUCAGCCAGAAGAUUCAUGCGCGCAGCUCUUCGUCCAGCUUGCCUACGCUGACGCCAACGGCAAACAUGGUUUCAGGAGCAGUGGCACGCACAUGGGCGGGCUUUGCCAUGAUGCCUUUGACAGUCAUCAAGGUCCGUUUCGAAUCUAGCCUCUAUUCCUACCCAACCAUGUGGGCUGCUGUGAAAGACAUUCAUCGCCAGGGAGGACUCAGAGGCUUCUUCGCCGGCUUCGGUGCGACUGCAAUCCGGGAUGGUCCUUACGCAGGCAUGUACGUGACCAUCUACGAGGUGUUGAAGAGGAGGCUCUCAUCCUUUGCGUCCCGCAACGCUUCCUCGGCCGAGGGAACAAAGAGCAUGACCUCCUCCAUGGCCAGCUCGGUGAACUUUGCGUCGGCGAUUCUGGCAGGGACAACCUGCUCAGCAAUAUCAAACCCGAUAGACGUCUGCAAGACGCGCAUCCAGCUGCAGCCUGAACGAUAUCGGAAUUUACUCCAUGCCGGUUACAGGAUGGUGGUGGAAGAGGGUUUCCGGUCGCAGUGGCGUGGCCUGGGCCUGAGGAUGAGCCGAAAAGCAUUGAGCUCGGCGCUCUCGUGGACAAUAUACGAAGAACUCAUACGGAGGUAUACUAGCAGUUAUGGCACAAGGCAAAGUCUCAAAUCAGUGUAA